GCUCGGACGCUCUUGUCGUGUUCGCCCGUGGCCGUCGAUCGUGUCACAUCGUGUCACACUGCGCUUGAUUGUGCGAGAGUGCUAAGUUCGGGGAAGAAAGAGGACGCCAUGGGGCUCGCGAGGGCGGCCGUCAUCGCCGCUUGUCUCCUCCUGUUCCUGGCAACUGACGCUUCAGGGAGUAAAUGUACAAACGUCGGCUGCCAUGGAUUACACGGAGGUAAAGCCUAUCAAGAAGGACACACGUACGUUUACGAUUUGGAAGGUUCAUCCGUAACGUCAGUCCCCGAAUCUCAGAAUGAAGCUACUUUGAAACUGAAAGGAACCGUUGAAUUGUCCGUGAAACCUGAUUGUAUUCGGCAGAUACGAUUGAAGGGCGUACAAAUCAAUGGAGCCCCAAUAGCGCUGUCAGAUGUGGAACAGUACGCGUUGCAGUUUAACUACCACGAUGGCCACAUCGAUACAGAGGUGUGCGCCGAAGCCGGUGACUCGCAGGCAUCUCUCAACAUCAAGAGAGCAGUCGCUUCUUUGUUCCAGACUGCCGUCUUCCAAGAUUCUGGCUCCACGAGCCAUCACGAGGUCGACGUAUUCGGUGGCUGUCCGACCGAUUUUACCUUCCACAAGGACGGUGAUUCCUUGGUCGUACAUAAGGAUAGAAAUCUGGCCCGCUGUAGCUAUCGCGAGAACAUCCAACAAAGUCCCGUGUCUGGAGUCGACCACAAUUCCGACAUUCAUUCCGCGCCGUUACUGUCGUCGCAUCAGACAAUCGAACAACGCUUCAAACGCGGCAUCCUGAACAAGGCGAUCUCUGUCGAGACCUACAAACUGAAACCGUUUAGCAAUGGUGAUAUCGGCGCGAAAACGGUCGUGCAGACCACGUUGACACUGAAGAACGAAAAAGGCGACAGUCCGAAGGCUGCAGUCAGUCAACCGAAGUCUCUGAUCUUCGAUGCACCGCAUCCCGUCAUUAAAUCGUCACCCGAUAAUAUUGGCAUAGCGUUGAAGGCCGCUAGCGCUGAAGAGGCCGGCACGAUACAGCAACACGCAGCGGAAAAAUUCGCCGAGCUCAUCCGAGUGCUCCGCGUCAGCAACAAAAACGACAUCCUCGCGAUCUACCAAAAAGUAAGAGCUGGCGCCGGCUUCGACAAGGUGCUGGACAAGAAGAUUCUGUUGGACGCUCUCUUCCACACCGGAACCGGUGAGGCUGCCGAGGUGGCCGUGGAUCUGCUGAAGAGCCACGAGCUCAACAACGUACAAGCUCUCCUAUUCUACGCUAAUCUCGCCCUCGUCAAUCACGUGCACCUACCGUCGAUAACCGCGGUGACGACCCUCUUGGAUCAGCCGGAUUUGCCACGUCUCGGCUAUCUCGGUGUUGGUCAAGUAAUCGGCAAGUAUUGCCAACAACAUCCAUGCGAGAACGUGGCUGAGGUGAAGCAGGCGGUUCACAAAAUCCGCGAGAAAGUCGGUAACGGUAAGGCGAAAACCCGCGAGCAAGAAAAUGUCAUAGUCUCGGCCUUGAAGGCAUUGGGUAACACCAGAUAUCUUGACGAUGCCACCCUCGUGAAAUUGGCCAAUAUCGUUGAGGAUAAGAACGUCCGCAAUCGUGUGAGGGUGGCUGCGAUUGAAGCUCUGCCAACACGAUGCACCAUGAAAUGGAAGAACAUACUUCUCAAGGUUAUGGCCGAUCGCAGCGAAGACAGCGAAAUCAGAAUCAAGUCUUAUUUGUCUAUGGUCGCGUGCCCCUGUCAGCACUUUGCCAGCGCUCUCAAAGACAUGUUGGAUAAAGAGGAAGUGAAUCAAGUCGGCUCUUUUAUUCAGAGUCACCUAAAUAAUCUGAGAGCCUCUGCCGAUCCGACUAAAGCCGAUGCAAAGUACCAUCUCGGGCAGAUCAAACCGCGCACCAAAUUCCCAAGGGAUUUCCGCAAGUUUUCCUUCAACGAAGAGCUGUCAUACCAUGUAGGUGGUUUCGGAGCCGGUUCGACCAUGGAAACUAACGUCAUCUAUAGUCAAAACAGCUUUGUUCCUCGAUCGGUGAAUCUGAAUCUGACCACCGAGGUGUUUGGACGAUCCUACAAUUUCUUGGAGCUGAACACACGUACAGAAAAUCUCGAUAGAAUGAUCGAGCGUUACUUUGGGCCGAAGGGCUUCUUCAGGCAAGACGAUAUCGACGAUAUAGUCGAGAAAAACGCGACAGAUAUUACUGAAUAUGUCAAGGAAAAGAUGAAUAAGCUGCGCGGCAAGCGUGAAAUCAAACAAAGCGAGCUCGACAAGUUCGCGAAAAGCGUGAAACUAAGGAACAACGAGGUAGAUCAAGAGCUCGACAUAGAUCUUUCCGUCAAAAUGUUUGGCGUCGAGAUGUACUAUUUGACUAGCAACGGACACUUUAAGGAUCUUACUGAUAAGCAGCUGAUCGACAAAAUAUUUGAUAAGGCCGACGCGGAAAUAAACAAUCUGAAAAAGUUGGACUCCAAUUUCAAGAAUCAUAUGCAGUUCUUGGACAUGGAGCUUGUUUAUCCAACGAAUCUCGGUCCAAUGACCCUCAAUCUACUCGGUACUAGCGUGGUGCUCUUAAAGACAUACGGCAAGAUAGACGUUAAGGCAAUCAUGGAGAAUCCGCAGAACGCCGAGUUCUACUUUGGUUUCGACCCGAGCGCUUCUGUGCGAGUAGCCGGUACCAUGGCAGUGAAAGCAUUCGACGUAGAAUCCGGUAUGAAGGUGGUCGGGACGCUGUACACUAACACAGCGACUGACAUCAAAGUGAAAAUGUUGGACGGUAAGGGUAUCGACUUCUCCAUCGGCACACCUUCGUCCAAGGAAGAGACGAUACUGCUGAACAGCGAGGUUCUCAUGAGCUCCGGAAAGAAAGAUAACUCGUACGAGCCUGCUAAGUUCAGUAAAGGCAAGAUAUACAAUGACUGCUUUGACCAAUUCUCUACUCUUAUGGGUAUGUCCGUUUGCGGUCACGUGGAAUUCCCGUACGACAGCGUCGAGGCGAUGCAGAAACGGGCACUCUUCCCGUUGAACGGCCCGUCGAAAUUCAGCGCGACUUUGCACAAAAAAGACUUCCGCUAUUAUCGCUUCAAGAUCUUCUACGACACCAAGUCACCCAAAUCUCGAUCUUUCGAGCUUACAGUAGAGACACCCAACAGCAAAACCGAAAGACGCUUGUCCCUAACCGCUGAAGCUGGUCUGGAACCUCAUAAGUACGCUAAAAUGGUUUUCGAUUCUCCCUUCAAGAAGGUAUCCGCCGAGGCGGUACUGAAGGACGUUCCCGAGGAGCAUACGCUUACGAUCAAGGUGAACAAUGAUCAGCAAGAAUAUUAUGGACGCGUCGGUCUCUUGUCUAACGGUCCUAAGUACAAACCCAUCUUAGAGUACAAAGUGCCGGAGCACAUCGAAAAACUAUCUGGAGGUAAAAUUCGCCACGGUAGUCAACAAUACAAUGUCGACGGCGUAGUGGAGCUGGUAGAUCAAGAUGGCGGCAAAAAAUACAUAUUCGAUAAAGUGGCUCUAAUGGCGGACAGCCGCAAGAUCGUCGGUAUCGAUGGCUAUGUCCUGUGCGCGAAGAAAGCUGCUAAUUUGGACAUGAAUUUCAAUUAUGGUGAUGAGUCGAUUGCCCUAAAAAUGGACACCAAGAAAUUGGCAGAUCAGCACUUCACAUUUGGUCUAUCAGCGGUACCAUCGAGAGAUCCUAAUAUCGGCUUCGACUUUACAUUAGAGUACCAAAAGAAUCAGCAUGAUAUACAAAGCAAACUGAUCUUCAUUCACGGUCCGGAUCUCAAGUCCCAAGUAAAUCGUUUCAGCCUCAAUCAACACAUAUACUACAAUCCGGACCCAGGGACCUACAUAUUGGGUGGAUCCAGCAAGAUGUCAUACCCGGCUCUAAAUUUGGUAUUCGACGUGAACGGCAAGAUUAUGCCCACAUUGUUCGAAGGCGACGUCGACCUCAACUACGGUAAAUUCAAGUUCGGUACAGAGCUGUUGGUUAAGCAACACAUGGUCGUCCAUGGUGACUACGAAGUCCAGUUCGAGGCCACGCUGUUGCAAAACAGCAUAAAAUUGGAGUCCAAGCGUACGAUCAUCGAUCCGCACAAGAGCAAAUACAAGAACUUGAUUGAACUCUCACCGGGCGGUAAGUACGAGGCCGAGGCGACCGUCACGUAUAACAAUGGUAAAAACAAGUUGGACUUCGAAAUGGACAGUAACCUGAAUCUGAACGGCAAGAAGGUCAAGGCCAUCUGUACAUUUAAUGGCGAAAGCACGAACAUCAACUCUCGGGCGAUCAUCUCCGUCAACGACAUGAAGUACGUCAAUUUCCUGCUAAAAUUGCAAAAGGGUGCAAAUCCGUACGGCAAUUUGGUCUUGAAUCUGAAAAACUAUCUGAACGUUGAAGGCGAGAUGUCUAUGCAGGGCGAUAAGGGUAACGCUCACCUCAACAUCGAUCUACCGAAAAUCAACCGAAAGAUCAAAGGUACCGGUGACGUCACUGUGGCUGGUACGCUUUACACCGGCAAUUUCGAAUUGCUACUCGACGCGGAAAAGGACCCGAGCAAGUGCAUAAAAUUGAGUACUGUAACCGACCUGAAGAAGAAUACCAUUGACUCGAGGAAUGUGCUCGAUAUAUUAAAUUAUAAGAUCGAACUGAACGGCAAGGGCAAGUUUGACGGCACGUUCAAAGAAGGUGAAUUGAUCGCCGACAUGGAUCUUACCCUACCGAACGGCCGUUAUCUGGUUUACAAAGUUAAGCGCACAUCUCACAAAAACGAGAACGCCAAGUAUGAUAUCCAUAUGAAUACUGUGAUGGAGGAUUGCAAGACUAAAGGUGGCGAGUCGACAAAGAUCAUAUACGACGCCGACGCUAAAAAUUUUGACUUCACGACGUUCUCUUACGACGACUCCAAUGGCAAACUUCAGAUUACCGAUUAUAUGGGCAAAACCAGGGAGAUAGAGAUGCAUUCCAAAAACCUCCCUGGCAUCAAUGGUUAUAAGAAAUUGUACGAAAUCAUGAUAAGUAUGACGGGACCAUUCAAAGUAGAAUACAAAAUAAGCGAACUCGAUAACGGUGAGAUGUCGGAAUACAUGGCUGCCACCGUGGGCAAGUUCCAUUUGAAGGGCACCGACAAUUACAUUCCCGGCAAUCAUGACCAGCCUUGCAAGAUAAACAGCAACGUAGAAUUGAUACUGCCGUCCGAGAAGUUGCGUAAUAUCAAGUUAGACUUUACAUGCAGCUUACUAAAACAACCUGAGAAAUUCGAUAUGCAAUUGUCGUCUGAUCUCAUUUACAACGAUGACAAAUCUAUCAAGUUCGAGGGUUUCGUCAAAGCUAAUGGAAUCAUAGACACCGAAAAGGCCCAUAAUGGAGAAUUAAAGAUUAUUACGACACUCUAUAACCAGCCGCCAAUUGUCUACCACGACAGUUUCAACUAUGAACCCAAUGGCGAGAAAAUAAAGAUUACCCGCAAAACGAUCGUUAAUUUCGAUGGCAAAGAGACAACUAUCACUAUCGAUUCUUGUACGCUCAAUCGCGACUUCUCGUCCGUUCAUCUGAUCGGCAAGGCCACCACUCCCUAUGAACAUAUGCACAAUAUCGAUUUCUCGUUGGACCAUGAGAGAUCGAAGGAUGGACGCACGAGAAUGACCGACGUGGCCGUCACCGCCGACAAUGUUAAGUACACGACGAAGAGUGAGAUUCAGGAAAGCAGCACAUCUCCAAAGAUUCACAUCAUCUUCACAUGCCCCUCAGGAAAGACCGAAUUGCUGUACAAGAUUGAAAAACUCGGUGACCACGAAUAUACAGGUGAAUACAAAAUUGACACACCGAAGGGCUUCGUCGUCGCAGAUGCGCAUUACAAAUUGGACAGUGUCGACAAUUUCAUCAUCAGCAUUAAUUUCGACAGUGACAAAUCCAAGUAUCGUAAGGUUCACGCCGAGAUUGCCAACAAGCCCACUGCUAAGACUGGCAGGAGAAUCGUCAUCACCGUCACCAGCGAUGGUAAAAACAUCGUGACUGGAAGUACAAGCUACAAACGACGCGAUGAGGCCGGCAAGAUCAUCGUCGAAGGCAAUGGUAACUUGAAGAUCGGCGAGAACACGAGAAGCUCGUCCUUCAAAUACACUCGUCAGCAAUUGACCCACGAAAAGGAUGGCGAGACCGGCGUGGUGAUUGUCCUGAAUGCCAAGUUCGACCCGAUUGCGAUCGUGGGUGACCUGAAGUUCUCGAACAAGGAAAUCCUCGUCUCCAAUAGUUACUGCGAGCAGAGCAAGGACUGCGCUCACUUUAAGCUCCAAUCGAGCUACGACACCGAUCAUAAGGAUUAUCUGAAACACCAACUAACGGUAGAGGUCGACUUGAAAAAGUUCAACGUGCCAGUCGAAUUCGGACUGAAGACAAACACAGAAUUGAGGGAGGACAUAUUCGAUCAUUCUGUCAACUUGUAUUUGCAUUCGUCGAAAGACAAAUCUGAGUACACCUACCAUGUAUAUGCUCAUCCUAAGGAAAGCGGUGUCGUUCUGACAUUGCCCACUCGCGAACUAGCCCUUAUUGGUACAUGCGAUGUGCCGAAGACAAAGCAGAGCGGAGCGUACAAGAUCGAAGUCAGUUUUUACCUGGAUAGAAAGAACAAACCGUCCGAAAAGACAGGUCUCAUCGCAGUCGGUGACGCUAACAUCGACAAGAACAGUCUAUCUAUCAACGGAGAGAUGAAAUUUGUGUAUCCGUCGCAACCGAAGGAUAUGGCGGUGAAAGGUAGAAUACACUGUGGUGGCGAGCAUUUGCUAGACGCGAACGUGGAUAUCGACGUGUUUAGCAAGAAGACGCAAAAGAUCACCGUUGUGGCGAAGGUCAACCAACAGCAGAUCGACUCGGGCUACAAUGUCACCAGCAUGUUCGAGAUGAUUAGCCGUGGGCAGCAUUUGAAAGUGGAUCUGAAAUCGCACGUGGCACUCACAAAGAACUCGGUCGGUUUCGGUAGCUUCUUAACAUACCUAGAUCGACAUCAGAAAUUAAAGAACGCGGGCAUCCUAUUCUCUGCGGAUUGCUCGAAAAUAUAUCUUCUUGCGACCGCGCCGCAUAAGGAGAUCAUCAAAGUCGAUGCGAAGCUUCAGCUACAGAAGAACCUGCAAAAGCUUGACACCGAGAUUGCGAUAGCCGGCAACAAACCCUACAUAGUGAAUUUCGAGGCGCACGACUUGAACAAUUUCAAGUAUCUGGAAUACCAGCAAGAUAAUCCCAAUACAAAGGUAACUGCUGAUGGACGCCUCGUGAUCGGACAAUUGGCCGAGAUUCACGCCGACGCUUUCAAAGACGGUGCGAAGAAGAAUCUUUUCCACGCCUUGAUCCAUCUCGACGAAGGAAAGUUCCUGAAGCCUGACUUCGCCUACAACAAGGACAACAUUGCCUACGUAAUGGAACUUACUCGACACCAAAGCACUGAGAUAUUCAAGCAGCUGAAGGAGAUCAAUGACGAAAUCGGAAGUGAAGUCACGGAAGAAUUGAAGGAUUUCAUCAAACAUUUGGACAGUUCCAAACCGAACACCAAACAUGUUCUGGAUUAUUACCAGACUGAAUUGACUAAGCUAAAGAACGAACUCAAUGCUGACCAAACCGUUAAAGAUAUCCAGGCUACUUUGGAGAAACACUUUGGAGCUAUCAUCGCCGCUGUGACAAGCACCUUUAAACAAGUAAUCGUGCGACUGGAAGAACUGCGAAAGCAAUUCGAAGAAAUAGUUGCUAAAUUGAAAGAUGCAUCAAUGGCCGUUUUACCGCAACUCACAAAAUUGUACAAGGAGGCAAUUCGCACGUGCAUCAAUAUCUUCGAUGCUGCCGUGAAUGUUGCGAUCGCCUACCUUAAAGCCGCUCUUGACUUGAUUAACGAACAUCAGAAGGAGCUGAAGGAAUUAGCUAUUAUGGCAUCGGAGCUCGUGCAGGAUAUCGCUAAGAUCAUAUUCAAGGCUGCUAAUCAGAUUAGGAAGGACAUCGACGAGUUCGUUGUAUUGCUGACGGAUCAAAUGAAGGCAUUACCAAUUUAUGAGAUCGCCAAGGAAAAGUACAAUGAGAUCCUUAAAUUCCAAAUACCGCAAAGCGUGAUGGACUCCUUCGACAACAUCUGCAACGCCGUAAAGGCUACACUGCCGACCGAGGAACUUCGACAGUUCGUCGAAGCUAUUCAGCAGUACAUCGUAAAACACGCAAAGCACGAAAAGGUCGACGACACCAAUGAGAUCAAAAAGAUUUAUUUACUCGCGAUCGAGGCACUUCGAUCUAUUAUCCAUGUUUUGGAAACGGAAACCAACACGGAUAAUCUGUACGAGAUGCUGCAAACUAAACUUCCUGUUGAUAUCGGUAUGAUGGCGAAAAUACCGACGAUUACCUCGCUAAAAGUGUCUCUCCUCGAACGGUUACGCAACAAGGAAUUCCCGACGCUCGAAGAUCUAUAUUAUGAUUUCAGUCUCGAUCCAAAUCAUCCCAUGGAAAUCAUGCCUCCCUUCAAAAAGUUCGGUUUCGUCAUAGAGGGCGGACACUUCAUCACCUUCGACGGUAAAUCCUUUAGCAUGCCAGGUGACUGCAGUUAUAUUCUAGCCCAAGACAUGCUAGAUGGCAAUUUCUCCGUCGUGGCGAACUUUAACAAAGGCAGUCUGAUUAGCGUGACCCUUACGGAGCCUAAAGAGAGCAUCACGUUGAAGCACAAUAGAGAAAUCUUGGUGAAUAACAAGCCGGCCGAGUACCCAGUUAGAAUGAAGAACCUGUACGCAUUCUACGAAAUAGCUCACUCCUUCGUGUGUGUCGAAACCAAUUAUGGAGUGGAAGUUCUAUGCACCAUGGAAGGGCAGAUGGGCUGUCUAAUCUAUGUAUCCGGUUUUUACCAUGGAAGAUUACGCGGUCUUCUCGGCGAUGGCAACUUCGAGCAUUACGACGACUACACAUUGCCGUCCGGAAAGAUCACCGAGAGUGAGACUGAAUUCGCCAAUGCAUACAGGAAGUUGGAUUGCGCGGCUGUGAACACGAUCGAUCACAAAACUCAGCAGCGUAACCCAGUCUGUACCGAAUACUUCUCCGGGGAUAAGUCCAGCUUGAAACGUUGCUUCAAUUACGUCAAUCCGAGUAUUUAUCGAGACGUUUGCGACACCGCAGUCACGACGAAUCCGCAAGCUCCUUGCCUAAUUGCCACGCAGUACUUCAGUGGUUGCUACCAUAAGAAAGGCGUCCGCCGUGGUAUACACAUUCCGUCCACUUGCGUAAGCUGCAAAGUUGGCGGAAACACGAUCAAUGUUGGUGACAGCUUCAGUGUCAAGACUCCAAAAAAUCAAGCCGAUAUUAUCCUGGUAGUCGAACAAGAUACGCGGAAUGAAAAAAUUUUCAAAGACUUGAUUCCAACAUUGAUUACUGAUUUGAAAGAGGAACUAAAACAUCACGGCAUAACCGACGUCCAUAUUGGCUUGGUGGGUUUCGGCGAGCAAUUGGAGUUCCCGCUGCAUUACACUGUCGGCGGCAAACUCAACAUCGAGGGUGACGUGAAGAACAUGAAAUUCGAGCCGUCAGAUCCCAUCAUUAGUUUCGAGGAAGCUAAGACUGGCAAUAUUCUGAAGCGGCUGGAGUAUAUCGGUCAAAAGUUGGAUAUAGAACUCGGCACUUUCGAGCUGACUGACGCUUAUGUGGAAGCCACCCGCUAUCCAUACAGACCUGGCGCGGUUAAGACUGUUAUCGGAAUUAUCACCACUCCGUGCGUGAAGAGCCCAUUCCCGCUAUCUUUACAACAGUUGAGACUUUUCCAAGGAAUGAAAGCAUACCGAAGUCUAGGUCUGACAUAUCAUCACGUGUACCAACCCGGCGACAUUCAAGUUUCCGGUAAAACGCAGAAGAACAUCGUCGCUUACGACCAUGAUAGCGUGUAUGUACUAGCCGACAGCAAGAAAAAGCCACUGAGUGGAAACAGCGAGCUCAGAAACAACAUGGUGCUUCCCUCCAAAGACGUGUGUGCCGACUUUGCUAUCAAUUCUGGCGGAGCAGCAUUCAUUUCCACGAACUUGCUAGACGCUAAACCAAAUCAGAAGAGACAGUUUGCCCAGGUUACCGCCAGAAAGAUCGUCGAAAAUCUUAUGAACGUCGAAAUCGAAUAUGAUUGCAUGUGCGAGCAGCCGCCUUACUCUUACUCUGCAAUUUCUCACUGUAAGGUCGUAGGCCGCAGGGAGAAGGAACAACUCGCGAAACACACGAAAGGAGGCGUGAAAGGAUAAAGGGACUUCAGUACUACGCAUACUAUUAUUACUAAGUAAUUUAGAUAUAAUGUAUUUGUUACUUCGUCAAAAUACCGCAAAAUUUCUUGGAUAGUGGUAAUAAGCGAUAUAAUCGCGUCGUUUGUAGUAUGUCGAUUUUUCUGUUUAUUUUUUUAUCUCUUCACAGUGAGAAGAAUAUCGAACGCUAAGUAGCGUCUCGUCUGAUAAUUUCAUUUGUUUUCUAGACGUAACAUAAACGCAUGCAAAUUAAUGCAAUCUCGAUAACUCGGCGUGCGUCGUUUAUCGAUAACGCUUAUAACGAUAUUAUGUACAACCAACAUUUUGCAAGGAAAUAAACAUUAAACAUACCUGA